UCACAGCUCUGGUUGACUGCCAGAAGGAGUGGGGCGUGACAAUGGAGGGGUGGGCGGAAGGAGGCGAGUGCACGGAGGAGCAGGCGUAUAAAGACGAGUUUGAGGAUGGGAACCCAAUGCCCGACUGGCGAAAGCCCAGAGGCAUUCUGUGCGAUGGGGACGGCAUGGUAACCAUCAUGCACAUGGCGGGAGAGGGCCUCCGGGGCUCCAUACCAGCAUCCAUUGGUUCCCUCAUCCAACUCUCCUACCUAGAACUGAAUGCAAAUUGGCUAACAGGAACCAUUCCCGAGGCUCUUGAGCAACUCACCACACUCUAUGUUCUGUCACUCGACAGCAAUGCACUUACUGGUCUUCCCAAUAACCUCGGCAGCGGUCUCGUUAGUUUAGGUCUAAUGAAUCUGCGGGACAACUCGCUAGCUGGCAGCAUUCCCGACUCGGUCAGCAACAUGGGACAGCUGUCAUUUCUGGACAUGGCAUACAGCAGGCUCUCUGGCCCCGUUUCACAGGUGUUCACCAUACCCACUCUUCAAAACAUGGACCUCUCUCGCAACAACCUGACAGGCCCAUUGCCUACAUCAACGGCCGGGAUGGGCGUGCUCACGUGGUUGCAACUGGCAUCAAAUCGUCUAACUGGCACAGUUCCAUUGAUUGAGUUCCCCAAUUUCCUCCAAGCACUGGACCUAUCUAACAACGAAAUCACGGGCCGUAUGCCUGCCACGUUUUCCGGCGCCCCAAGUCUUAAGUCCAUAAACCUCGCAAACAACAAGAUCACGGGGACCAUCCCUGCCACUUUGAGCGAGCUUGAAGAUCUCACUGAACUAUUCCUGUCAGGAAACCAGCUCUAUGGCUCCAUACCAGAAGAUCUCACAGCCAUUCCAUCCCUUUACACGCUAGACGUGGCACGCAAUUACCUCACGGGGCCCAUUCUGAAUCCUGCCAGCAUGCCAGAGUAUGCCUACUAUGACUACAGCAGCAACUACCUCUCGGGAGGCCUGCAAGAAUCCGACUGCUCGCUGGACUCCAUGCGUCUCGGCGCCAACUGCUUUUCCAUUCCAUCGGCAGCAGCAGCAGCAGCGGGCUCGUGCAAAGGUGCUGAGCAGCGGCCGGCAGCAGUGUGUGAGGCGUUCUGUGGGAUUGCCAACAGCACCACGCCUGCUUGCGGGGGCCUGGGAGUGUGCCACCCGGACGGUCCGAAUCUUGUUCCCACGUGCCUGUGUCACGAUGGGUUCGUGGAGGAUGGAGGGAUCUACUGCAUCGCUGCGGGCUCGCUCCGAAACGGUGACGUGGUGGAGCCGACUGUUCUCACCAAGGGCACAGCAGCAGAGACAGGCAGUGUAUUCACUGCCGACCCUCUCGUGCUCUUCUCGUACGAUUCUGUCAAGGAGGGCUGUGGCACCCAGCUGCAGUUCCAAGCCAACUUCACCUUCUUCAUGUUCCCCACUGCUGCUGCUGCUUCUGCGAGCAACCCCGAUCGCCAGGGGGCCAACGGGCUGGCGUUUGUGAUUUCCGCGACGAACGCAGCAGGAUCUGGCGGGGAGGGGGGAGGGGUGGGGUACGCUGGCAUGGACGCUCGGAGCAUAGCCGUAGAGUUUGACACGUUCACAGAUGCAGCGCAUGGGGACAUGCCCGGCCACCACGUGGGGCUCAACAUUGGCGGCAGCGCCACUUCCGUCAAGGCCGUCCGUGCUCCCUUCCCACUCAACGGCCGCAAUGCGUACACAGCAUGGAUUGACUACAAACCGGGAAGCCCAGGAACUCUGAGGGUGUAUCUCGCUCGGGAUGAUAUCAAACCUGGCGUGCCUCUACUGGAGAGCCCUCUGUCGCUGUGUGACGUGCUGCAGCCAACUGCUGCUGAACCGUCCUUCUACUUUGGGUUUGUGGCGUCUACCGUGGCCCCUUACCUUCAACAGCACGCCAUCCUGGUGUCUCUCAUUCGAACAGGGUUUUCGGUUUCCGCAAAGCCCAGUACAGUAUCCAUCGUUCCAGCCUAUGGACUAACGGUGUCGGCAGCAACGUUCCGCCCGGCUCGGGCGAGUCCGUUCACGCGGUACGUGAGUGCGUCGUACACUCUCACGCAGUCGGGGCAGCAGGACGCCUGGCUCCUCCGCGACCCCUCCUCCUGGGAUGUGCCGUGGCUCUCCUGGCCCGUCAAGGACCAGGACGCCUGCAGUGAGUGCCGUGGGGACGAGGGUGGAUGGGUGGUGGGAGGGAGGAGUGGAGGGGGAAUGAACCGAAGCUUCUGGUUGCAAAAGCAGUGCACUGUGCUCCAUUCCCCUGCGUUCUCCCUCGUACAUCUUUCAUUGUAG